CUGUGCAACCUUAAUAUGCAUAAAAAACACGGCAGAAGAAAAGAGACGGGAAUGAAAGUGUCUCAGGAUAUAUACCUUUCUACGGCUCAUGUACGUACACGUCACAUGGCACAAAUACUAUACACCACUAGCUGGUGGAAAAUAAUAAAUAAAGCGGCAAACGCAAAUGGGAAUUGGGAUCGUUUUCAUCCAGGAAGCUGCAGAAGUUUACGUGAAACCGGGCGACAAAAACUCAAUACAAAAAUCAUUUCCAAACUUCUUUAUCGACAUUUACACGAUUCACCCGACAUACUCUCGCAAAGUUCCCCCGAUCGUAAUGCAAAGAUCAGAAAAAUGAUCGAAGUCACACGUUCAACUCGGUACACGGAGAUUGUAGAACGCAACGGAACACAUCCAGAACAAAAAGAAAUGUCCAUCGGACAGACUCAGCUUAUUGCAACCCAUGAUGCCGAUUUUGCGUUUAUGGACAACAGUUUGAAUAAUCUGCAGGAAGCGAUGCACGAUGAUAAACAAAGGUUUCUUCAAGCUUGUCGGGAGUUAGUUGAUCCAUACCAGAAACGGUUAGACCAGGUAGAAGUCGGCCUGGAAGCGAAUGCUCAUAUGUUUGAGCAAUGUAAGCAAUUGGAGGAAGAAAUGCGAAAAGAAAAAGAUUCCAUUCGAAAGAGUUUACUAGGGUUACUUGAGACGAGCCGUAAGAAACGUGCCCUGCGAGAGAAGGCAAUUUCCACUAUACUGGACCAAUUGUAAUCUAGGCAUACUGAAUCGUUGAAUUGUGAAUAUUUGAGAAAUAAAUCAGUUUAAAGUAA